AUGUCGGUCCUUCAUCCGGCUGUAACUGGUGUUCAGGCCCUGCUGGUUGCUGGGGGCUCCCCCAUGCCACAGCUGGACGGAGGCUGCCUGCAGAGGCAAGCUCCAGAUUCUGGCUCCUGUGGUGGAGAGAAUGAACAUAUACCGAUGAAUAAUCCUUCCACACAGAUUUACCAGGCUUCGAAGUACAAGUCUUCCCUGAACCUGCCUCCAGUGGGAGCCCGUCUCCAGCGGCAGGAUGGAGGGAUCAUAACCUCUCUAGAGCAGCUUCAUGAAAAAAUCAACGAGAUGAGGAACGUGUUCAACUCGCUGGAGAACAAGUUGCAGGCCUUGGCCUCUGAACUGAAAACUGGUUUCACAGAAGCAAUGCAAGAACUGUCCAGAAUUCAACAUGGCGAGUAUGCUUUGGAAGAGAAGGUUAAGAGUUGCCGAUGUUCCAUGGAAGAAAAAGUUACUGAGAUGAAGAAUUCGUUAAACUAUUUCAAGGAAGAGCUGAGCAAUGCCAUGUCAAUGAUUCAGGCCAUCACUUCCAAACAGGAAGAAAUGCAACAGAAAAUUGAACAGCUUCAGCAGGAAAAGCGAAGAGAAUCUCGGAAAGUUAAAGCCAAGAAAACUCAAAAAGAAGAACAUGGCUCACAGGCAGGGCCUGCUCAAGCACAAGGAAGUCCUUUCCGUUCAAUCAAUAUCCCUGAACCUGUUCUUCCAAGUGAAGACUUUAUAAACCUUUUGCCUUCUCAGGCCUAUGAAAAAGCUCAAGAGUCCCGAUCCAUGCAUGUAGGAGACAGUAAUGUGAAGGGGAUGAUGGGUCCUGGAAUGAACCCAACAACUCCUGAAGCGGAAGAAAACCUUAAGCCUUGCCUUUCGGCUGAUAUCCAGCCCAAGGGCCAUCUCUCAUCUGGUGUGUGGAGGCAGCCCAAGGAUGGUAAAGAAUGGGGAGAGGAAUAUGUCACGAAAGACCACCCAGAUAAACUCAAGGACGCUGGCCAGCCCAGGCACAGUUCUCUGGAAAAUGUUUUAUGCGAAACCUCUUUAGCUGCUAAAAGACAGACCGUGGCUCUAGAACUGCUUGAAUCGGAAAGAAAAUACGUCAUCAACAUCUCUCUGAUCCUGAAGAUCAAGGCAACGUUCCAAGGGUCAGAUGGAAAGAGGAAUUCCAAAGAGAGAAGCCUCUUCCCUGGUUCUUUACGGUACCUUGUCCAGCAGCACCUCGAUUUGCUCCAUGCUCUGCAGGAAAGGGUCCUGAAGUGGCCACGCCAAGGAGUUCUUGGAGAUUUAUUCCUUAAAUUAACAAAUGAUGAGAAUAAUUUCUUGGAUUAUUAUGUUGCCUACCUGAGGGACCUACCUGAAUGCAUCUCUUUGGUUCAUGUUGUUGUUCUGAAGGAGGGUGACGAAGAGAUUAAAUCUGACAUCUACACACUGUUUUUUCACAUAGUCCAGCGCAUCCCUGAAUAUCUGAUACAUCUGCAGAACGUCCUGAAGUUCACAGAGCAGGAACACCCUGACUAUUACCUACUUCUGGUGUGUGUUCAGCGCCUUCGAGUAUUUAUCUCGCAUUACACCCUGCUGUUUCAAUGCAACGAGGAUUUGCUUAUUCAGAAACGGAAAAAGCUCAAGAAGUCAUCCAUGGCGAAGCUGUACAAAGGCCUGGCUUCCCAGUGUGCAAACACUGGACAAGAUGCUUCCCCCACUGCAGGCCCUGAGGCUGUCCGUGACAGCGGGAUCCACUCAGAAGAGAUGCUACAACCCUACCCUUCUGCUCCCAGCUCUGGCCCUGCUGUCACACAUUUGAUGCCCCCAGUGAAGAAAAGCCAACAACCGCAAAGCUUGAUGGAGAGCAUGCAGCCCGGGAAGCCCAGCGAGUGGGAGAUGGAGGGCAGAAAGCACGAGAGGCCCGAGAGCCUCCUGGCGCCAGCGCAGUUCUGUGCAGCCGAGCAGGACGUGAAGGCGCUGGCCGGGCCCCUGCAGGCCAUCCCCGAGAUGGACUUCGAGCCCUCGCCCGCCGAGCCGCUGGGCAACGUGGAGCGCUCCCUGCGCGCCCCGGCCGAGCUCCUGCCCGACGCCCGCGGCUUCGUGCCCGCGGGCUACGAGGAGUUUGAGUACGGCGGCGAGAUCUUCGCGCUGCCCGCGCCCUACGACGAGGAGCCGUUCCAGGCCCCGGCCCUCUUCGAGAACUGCUCGCCCGCCUCUUCCGAGUCCAGCCUGGACAUCUGCUUCCUCCGGCCCGUCAGCUUCGCCAUGGAGGCCGAGCGGCCCGAGCACCCGCUGCAGCCGCUGCCCAAGAGCGCCACGUCGCCUGCGGGCAGCAGCGGCGCCUACAAGCUGGAGGCGGCGGCGCAGGCGCACGGCAAGGCCAAGCCGCUGAGCCGCUCGCUCAAGGAGUUCCCGCGCGCGCCGCCCGCCGAGGGCGUGGCCCCGCGCCUCUACAGCACGCGCAGCAGCAGCGGCGGCCGCGCGCCGCUCAAGGCCGAGCGCGCCGCGCAGCCGCACGGCCAGGCCGCCGCCGCCGCAGCGGCGGCCGCAGCCCGCGGCGCGCCCAGGACCUUCUUCCCCCAACAGAGGUCCCAAAGCGAAAAGCAGACCUAUUUGGAAGUAAGGAGGGAGAUGCAUUUAGAAGAUACCACCAGAUUCUGUCCAAAGGAAGAAAGAGAGAGCGAACAGACCUCUUUCAGCGAUCAAAACCCCAGGCAAGACCAGAAAGGGGGCUUUCGCAGCUCCUUCCGCAAGCUCUUUAAAAAGAAGUCCAGUGGAUCAGAAUACAGGGAAAAAACUAAUGAGAAUCCCUCAAUGGAUCCUUCACCCACCAAACAAGAUUUCUUCAGAAACCGACUUGCUCUUGCAAAUGACCUUGACCAAGGAACAGCUGUGUAAAACAUACUUAAAGUUGUAUUGUCAAGUGGUAAGAUGAGGGUAAAAAGCUUGUAUAUAUCUGUGUAGGAAUAUAUAUAUACAUAUAUAUAUAUAUAUAUAUAUAUAUAUAUAUAUAGAUGUAUAAGUCCCUGAGGAAAACUAAUAUAAAUACUUACAUAUGAAGCUAAAUCAACAUACAAGACAUUGAAGAGAUGAAGAUUAGCCUGUGGUUGAGAGCUGGCUUUUUGAACUUCAGCACUUGGGAACAGGGAAACGAAGACUUUUCACAGCAUUAUAGAAACACAAUAAAUUUGGAGGAAAAUAAAUGUUUGUAAGAACAAAAACUUCCAACUUAAAGUCAUUCCCCCCCAGUAUAAAAUUGAGCGUGUAACAUGGAUGUGAAUUUUAUGCUUCCUAGGCAUUUACCUUAUUAAUUCAUCCCAAUGUUCUUAGGCUAAUAUACACGAUGUUAGGGGCCAGUUCUGUCUUGCUAUAUGUCUUCCCCAAAGCAAUACCCAACAUCCCUUAAGGCAAAGGAUCAGUAAAGAGUUGUAUUUUACGUGUUGCCAAUCUGAGUUGUGGAGAAUUUGUGCUUACACCAUGACAUAGAAGGUUCAAGGGUUAUAGACACACUGGUCUCCAAAUGGGAAGAGAACCAGAAGAGUAGUAUUUCUCUCUCUGUGGCUAUGAGAAUCAGUACAGGGAACAGUGAUUUCUCUUGAGACUGGGAGGCCAAAGAAACGUUUUCACUUGCGUGAGUUGUGCUGCAGAUGAGAAUAGUCUAGAGUCUAUGUGUUAUUGAGUUCUCAGGAUUCAGAGACACAUUAGUGAUCCUGAGUGUCACAUACACUCAUAAGCAGAUGGGUUGGGGGAAAAAAAAAAACUUAUUUAGCUACGUCUUCUUUUAAAAGACUUUCUUCAGUCUGGAAAGAAGGUGGCAACAACAUCAGUGCUUUAAUAGCACAUGCACAGCAGUUGCUACAAAACACCGGAACAGGAUGAAAAUUUAGGGCUGGUAAGACCUUGUUCUGUUUUCCAGAAGUAAGCUGUUUAAAAAAAAAAAAACACAACAAACAGAGUUCUUAACAGCUCAGACAGAGGAAUCAUUGCAGUGAGGCUUUCAUGGCUACAGGAUAAUAAAAUGUGCUCUGCUUCCCCAUGUCCAGGAUGGUCCACAGCCUUGACAUGCCCCUAACACAAGAAUAAUAGAAAAAAAAUUAGUUUUAAACAAUUUGUCUCUCUUCCCAGGCAGUUAUCUAUAAUGAAUUAGAGGCAUUUGGCUACCACUCAUUCAAAAUCUUGGUACCCAAACUGACUUCUUUAGAGGCUCUUCCUCUAGGAAUGUACUGCUUGAUAAAAUCGUAAAGUUUUACUUGUUACACGUUUUCUACAAGUCUGAUGAUUAAUUAGGAACUCAUCCAUUAGCCUUUGAACAGUAGGGGGUCUGGAAUGUCUACAGGAUUGCUGUCAAGUUUUGGGAGUUUCCAGUAUUUAAGGUUAAGCCAAGCUUUUCAUUUUCCUGAAAUUAAUGAACUCCUUUGAAGUUAGAUUUAUCUCUGUUUAGUAGGCCAAAGAAGGUUCGGGGGCAGGGUCUGAGAGCACAAUGCAGAACUGACUGGAUAUGGAAAGUGAACUGCAAGUCACAGUCUUUUAAGUAAAAUGUAAAAACAAUAAAAUUUCUUUCCCCUUCAUAAUGGUUAUCAUAAAAAUGAUGGAUUACUUGGGAAGGUUUCAAAAACUUCACACACCUCCCAGAUUUUCAUUUUGAUAACAUUCUUUGAAAGAAUCUUGAUGUUACAUCGGUAGCACAACUCAGUUUCAUUGUAUUUUAUGAAACUAGCAUGUAAAACUAGUAAUAAUUAGUGCUGCUACUCCCUGGGUCUCCUUCACCUGGUAUCUGGAUUUUUCCAGUAGCUUUCUAGCUCCGCAUCAGUCCUGUACUUCUCUUAACACAUUAAUAUUCCCAAAUGCUGCAUUGUGUGAAACUCUCUGAACGUUCUUUUUUGUCUACAAAUUCUGAACUCCUCGACUUGACCUUCAAGGCUGUCUGUCCAGCAUGGUGUCAAGUCUUCUCUUUGGCUGCUGUCUCCUACUUUGCCAGCCUACUGGACUCCCGGCCCUCAGUUACACUGGGCUUCUCUUGCCUGCUGGUGAGCCAUGGCCCCUUGCGUCAUGCCUUUUCUGUAGCCUCCUUCCCCCUGCCAGUCCUCAAGGCCCUGGGUAAGUCCCUCAUCUUUCUAUGAUCUCUGGUGCCGUAACUUGUCUAUCUUCUUAUAUAUUUGUCUUGUCUUCCCAACAAGAAUGUUGAGUCCCCUUGAGGGCAGGAACUAUGACAUAUCUUUUAAAAUUCCUUUCCACCUCUAGAACAGUACAUAGUUGCAGAGAAUAAUUUCUGCUCAUGAUUUGACAGAGCUUCAGGGUUGUCUCUUUACCUUCUUGCCUUUCAUUUUUUUUUUUUCUUUUUAGGAAAAAUACCAAUCACAAAAGAAAUAAAACACUGUUGUCUUCUAGAGCAGUAAAAGCACUACUGUCCUUUUCACAGUAUUAACAUUUGCAAACAUCUUUCCACAAAAAAAGAAAGAAAGAAAAGAAAAGAAAAGAAAAAGCAAGAAAGAAAGAAAAGGAAAGAAAAAGAAAGAAAAGGAGAGAAAGAAAGGAAAGAAAGAAGGAAAGAAAAGAAAGAAAAAAGAAAGGAAAGGAAAGGAAAGAAAAAAAGAGAAAAAGAAAGAAAAGAAAAAGAAAGAAAGUGCUACUCUUUUCUGUGUUGUCCUGGGUCACUUCAUAGUAUUGUAAAUUGACAGCAGAGAUAGGAUCUUUGAUGAUGUUUCUUAAUGACAUUUAAUGUAAUGUUGCAUUAAAGAUGAAAUCAGGGUGGGAAAGAGGUUUGCAAUUCCUCCAUCUGUGAGCUCCAGUCCCAUGGAGAAGUACAGUUUACGUAGGGGACCACGGCUGUCUUCUGGAAGUGUUUGGGUCCCUAAACAGAAGGAAGCGCCCCACCAAAAGAUGAGUUGGGUAUUUCUGCACAAGCUGGGAGGGCCAGCAGGUCCCUUCUGUAGCUGGGUGUGGUCUGUAUACAAGCCUAAACAAGGAUUUGCCCCACUUUACUGACUCUAAAACUGGAAGCUUGGAGAACCAGGAAUGUGUGGACCAGCGCUCCAGGGUCCUCUGUUUCGCCCUAUGACAAAUAGUUGAAACCCAUCUGGGGCUUGCCAUUAGACUGUUUCUUCCUUGCUCAGGGAGAAUCCUUUGAAUAGUACU